UCACGUCGAAGUUUCACUAGUGAGUCGCUCUUGCUCAACGCGUUAACAAGUAAUAUAAAAAUAAUUACGACCGGUCGUAUAACAAAAUUAAUUUUGUGUAUAUGAGAAUUAAUAUAGUGACUUACGAAUAAUAGUAAAAUUAAAGUAAGGCGUAGUGUUUUAGUGUUUCAAAUAAUCAUUUUGUGAACACAUAGAUUUUAAACGGCCUGCGAAUAAAAAUAAAAAUAUGACCGAAAGUAAUCUUCUGUGCGCUUGCAUGCUACGGUUGUCUAUUCUAGUCGGUCUUCUAUCAGUGGUGGUCACUAUAAUCUAUUAUACGCCUAUUCCCGAUUUUGAAGCAUCAAAACAAAAUUGUGAUAGAGAAUGUCAUGAACUGGAUUGGCCGUUAAUUUGCAGAUACAAAAUUGUGUUGGAGACUCAAAAAAUUCAAAACAAUUGUCAAAAAUGUUCUUCCAACAAUCAAACGGGAUGCCAACAUGAUAUGUAUUGUGAUAGAUUUUCAGAGAAAAUUAUUACUGCUAAUAGACAAGUUCCUGGUCCAUCAAUAAGAGUUUGUGAAAACGAUAUAAUGGUAAUAGACGUUGUUAACCGAAUACCCGGUCAUAGCGUUUCGGUACACUGGAGAGGCCAGUGGCAAAAAGAGACUCCGGUAAUGGAUGGAGCACCUAUGGUAACACAAUGUCCAAUACUACCACACACUACAUUUCAAUAUAAAUUUAGAGCUGCUCAAGCAGGAACUCACUGGUGGCAGAUAUUAUCGGGCGACGAGUUGUCCGAUAGAGUAUAUGGAGCAUUCAUAGUGAAGCAGUCGAAACGCAGAGAGCCUCAUGCCUCCAUAUAUGACUAUGAUGAAAUUCCACACGUUUUACUAGUAGAAUACACGACCAUCUCUCAAAAUGGUAUCAAUAAUGAAAUGCGUAUUAAUGGAAUCGAAUCUAACACGUCGAUCACGGUACAAAACAAUAGCAAGUAUAGAUUCAGAACAAUAAAUACAGGAGGAGUUUCGCAAUGUCCAAUUAAGAUAAAAGUGCAUAAACAUCAUUUAACAGUUAUAGCAAUAGACGGUCAUGCGAUUGAACCCAAACCAGUUGACGUUAUUCAAGUUGAACCAGGUGAAACGUUAGACUUCAUUUUAACAACAAUCAAAAACCAAGGAAUUUAUGACAUGACGGUCACCUCAGAGGGUCACUGUAAGGAUUCCAAUCAUACACACACAUUGUACAUACAUUACAACUCGACACUAUAUAACACUAUCUCAGACACAGACAAUCUUGUAAAACCAACCGUAUAUGGGGAACGACACUUGUCCAUUACAAGUCUUGAUAGCUUACCCUACGAGUUGUCAGCAGUCGAAUUGAAAAAUACAAUUUAUUUGGGAUUUUCUUCGAUUAAAUAUCAACUCAGCGAAGGAAGCUGGUCAUUACCGAAUUUCAACAACAUGACGAUGGUCUUACCUUCCGCCCCGUUGCUAUUGCAACAGCCCGAAGACGUGAUAGUGUGUAAUGCAGAAAAUGUGCCACUCAAAUGUCGGUCUAGUAUUACGUCUUGCGAGUGUACACAUAUCAUCGACUUGCCGUUAGGUUCUGCUACGGAAUUAGUUAUUUUCGAUACAGAGCACACUCUGUUCAAAACGGACAGAUCUCAUUCAUUUUACUUGCACGGACACAGUUUCUACGUGGUCGGUCAGAAGAGCAAAGCGUUCGUCAAGUCGGCAGAUCAUGCAAAGAAGUUAGACAGUGAUUCGCACUUAGUACACAGGAAACUCGACAGGUCGGUGCUGAAGAACACUGUUGUCGUUCCAGCAGCAGGUGUAUCUGUCGUGCGAUUUAUCGCUGACAAUCCCGGAUAUUGGAUGUUUAGAAGUGAAAAAACUUCCGAAUGGUCCAGUGGCUUGUCAUUAAUUUUUAGAGUGCUAAAUCCCAGUGGAAGUUUUCCUCAGGUACCCGAAGAUUUUCCUAAAUGUGGAAAUUUUAUAGGUCCAGAAUUCUUUUUGGCCUGAUUUUGUUGUAUUAUUUCAAUUGUCGUUACCGUAUUAAUUUUGAUCUCCAAUAUAAUAUUUAAGUUGUAUGAUAAAAUAGGGACUGUUGUAGUAGUUAAAAAUAUGAAUGUUAUUUAUACACGUAAUUCUUUUAUUUAUUAUAAAUCAGUUUGUAACCAUUACCAAUAUUAUAUAUAAAAAUAUUUUAAUGUAUAAUGUAUAAUGUAUUACUUACCAGUUAUCUACCACUUAUAAUUUAUUUUAUAUAAUAAUGAAUUUGCUUACCUACGUGUAGACAUAAUUUGAUAUCCGAACCCUAUAAAAGUAAUUUUUUUAUUUACUCUUAAGCUUCGACUUACAUACAGCAGUUAUCACUUAUCAACUUUAAAUUUUAAUUACUAUAAAUAUUCUAUUUUAUUUUAAUAGUUAUUCUUAAUGUCUAUAUAUGUUAAUAUUUUAUAUAGGUAAUAUGGUUAGUCUUAGAAAAAAUUUUUAUUUUGUUUGUUGUGUUCAAUUAUUUGUGAUCCCGGGAUUUCAUGUAGUUGGUUUGGUAUAUUUUCAUUUUUUUCUCUGUACUUAAAUUUACGACAUCCAGUUAAUAUACCUUCCUUAUAUGUUUUA